UGAAAAGUCAAUAACUACCCCAGACGUUCAGACUAACAUCAAGGGAUCAUCAAACCACGCAGUCAUUCCCUGUAUUGCAGGAUAAAGACACACUAUGGAUUGUUAUGGAAAAUGCAUAGCACUUGCACUGAUCUUUUUGUCAGUCUGUAUGCAUGUCCUCUAUACCUUUCCCGAUGAUAAUUUUUCGACUCCAGGUUGCCCUGAAUGCAGACUGAAGGAAAACCUGCGUUUUUCUAACAUGGGAAUAGGUCGAAUUUAUCAGUGCAGUGGAUGCUGCUAUUCUAGGGCAUACCCUACCCCAAUGAGAUCAAAGAAGACAAUGUUGGUGCCAAAGAACAUUACCUCUGAAGCUAAGUGCUGUGUGGCAAAGACUCAAUACAGAGUUACGGUAAAGGACGUGAAGAUUGAAAACCAUACAGCUUGUCACUGCAGUACCUGCCUGUACCACAAAUCCUAAGCAUCAAAUGCUGUCUUUUGUUAACAUGCAAUUAUAAAACAGCUUUCCUGCAUUUUAUUAAGAACCUCUAAAAAUGUCCCUGACUUUAAAUGUCUGAAUAGAAGCACACUUUUCCCUUUACCUAAAUUACAGUAACUGGUCUCAAAUAAAGCAGAUUUUUUUUUAUCCUUGCUUGUAUACACUCAAUUAAACUUAGAUUAGAAUUAA